UCAAGCAACCAAGAUGGGCAGCAAAAAGUCACAGAAAUAAAGCUCAGCCAGCGUUCUCAACAGAAUAUACAGUAUUUUUGAAAAUUGUGAAAUAAUUGUACACAUGAAGUCUGCUUGUCAUUAUCUUGCUAGACAUCUGCUUUCAGAGGUUUACAGUGCUGGACAAAAGUAAUGCAACACUCAAGUUAAAAAUCCUAUUGGUUCAUUGAGUAGACAUAUAAAGUCAGUACAUUAGAAAACAAAUAAUUCAACAUUUUAGAUUCCGCCACAUUUUGUGAACUCGACACCUUUGUAUAUUCUGUUUUGUCUGUUUGAUUAUUUGUUUAUUUCCUGUAGGCCAGUAUCUGAUAACUCCAAGAACUGAUAUGACUUAUAUUGGAUUAAGAUUGUUUUCAGAUUUCAGCUUGACCUACUCAUUCUCACAUGACCACAGAUUUUAUUUAUAGUGACUCUGACCCUUCACUUUGCAGACCAAGGGUCUUGUUUCUUUGAAAUAGGUAGCUGUAAAAAUACAUCGCACUGCAAUUUGAGCAUCAUCUUGUUCGGUGAUAGUUUUGGGAAAAAAAAAUGUUCUUUUCAACUGAAAUACAUCAGCAAUUUCACUUUGAAAGGGUGUGUGUGUGUGUGGCUACUAGAUAAAUCUAGACAAGAGUCACUCUGUAAAAAUAGAUUAAAAUGGGGUAGAAAAGAAAGUAAAACUAAGACAGUCAAAUGGUGACAGUUAAUCAGAUGACAUGGAACACUGAAAGUAGGGGGGAAAAAAAACCUCCAGAAAAAAGUGGCACUGGAUACGUGGAGACAAGAGUGCUAUGAGACAGCUGCAUGUGUCAGUUCGUCUUGUUUGUGUCAGCUUGUGUUACUAUCAGAGUCAACUAGAAGAGGAGGGGAGAGAGCGAGUAAAAGAGCCAAUAAAUGUCUUUAGUUUGUUCCUGCGUGGAUGAUUUUGGCUGAUUGAAAGUCUUUCGCAGUUAAAUCACAAGAAAUUCAGGAGAAUAUCCAUGAGCUCCGAUUUCCCGCACUACAGUUUCAGGAUGCCAAAUAUAGGGUUCCAGAACCUUCCCCUUAACAUCUACAUUGUGGUGUUUGGGACAGCCAUCUUUGUCUUCAUCCUCAGCCUGCUCUUCUGCUGCUACUUGAUAAGGUUACGCCACCAGGCACACAAAGAGCUAUAUGCCUACAAACAAGUCAUUCAGAAGGAAAAAGUAAAAGAGCUAAAUCUGCAUGAGAUAUGUGCGGUGUGCUUGGAGGAGUUCAAACAGAAAGACGAGCUGGGGAUUUGUCCAUGCAAACAUGCCUUUCAUAGGAAGUGCCUCAUUAAGUGGCUGGAGGUGAGGAAAGUGUGCCCGCUGUGCAACAUGCCCGUCUUGCAGCUCGCCCAGCAGGCCGGCAGCGCUGAGCCCCCAGUGCCGAUACAGCAGCCUCUGCCCGGGAUCGAGAACCUGGUGUAGCAGACUCGAACCCUGUUGUACAACACACUACAGUUACACAUCCCAUUACUCAUCCUCUCACCUGUACAGGUAAACUUUGGUGUGAGUCAAGUGGACAGACCGGAGAAACUGGAGUUACUGCGCAAAUAUUCACUAAAACUGAGAAUCUGCACCUCUUGUCCUUGUUGUGUUGGUUCAGAAAAGAAAAAAAAAAAAGGAUUUCCUGAUAUCAGUUCUGACUGAUAAUCAGCUGUUUUCAUGUUCUCCUUUCACGGACAAUGAAGAAGAGUUGAUGAAGAAGAAGUUUCAUUCUUUGCCAAGAUGUGGUCGAUAACUUUUUCACAGCCAAAGCACUUUUUUUUUCUGGGGACACCAGCUAAAGACCAGGAGAAUAAAAACACACACACACAAAAGCCAAGAACUACAAUACACUAAAAAGUAAAUUGUUUUUCUUUUAACAAGCACUUUAAGAGAAGUCGAACCUUAGUUGCUUGUGAUGGUAGUAGCAAGGUUGUGUUUUAUAUUUUAUCAUUAGCUAUUAUUUCUAUGUACAGUACAAAUCCACAUGGGUUUUCAUUUUUAAUUCGCAAAAAUAUAAAUAUUGUAUUUCUCAAAGGGAAAAUAAUACCUAUGUGGGUAGACGCCAGGAAAUUUGGACUAUGCUUUGUGUUCUAAUUGCGCACGCACGCACUCACACACACAAAGAAAAUUAAGCUCAAAGCAUUGACUUCAUGUCUGAUUAAAUGUGAAAAAGUUUGAAUGUGUUAAAACCAAGAAUUUUUCACACAAAUCCUACAGAAUUUGUUCCCUUAUCACCUGUUCAUCAUUCAUUACAAUGUGACUGUUGUUGCUAUCCUUUUUUUUAUUAUUCUGUCAACACAGGAAGGUGAUACAGUGAACAAAUUUUACAUUUUUAUUAAUGGAAUUUUCUGAGUAACAUCCUGUGUAUAUACAUGAGUGCUGUAAAGUGAGCACAGGUUAUUUAUAUACUGUCACCCCAGGCAUUACUCACGACUUACAGAAAAACAGUUCAGGUCCUCUCAAGCAGAAAAGCAGUAGUUAACAUGACACCGAGUCACCACAUCAACUACUGUGAUUGUCUAAAGCAGUAUUAGUGUGAAUAAACUGGUGCUUUAUCUUACACCAGGAAUGAGGCAAUAGAAAACUACAGAUCCAAAAACAUGUAACAUAAAUGUUCCAGGUUUAUUUUGCUCUGCUGCUGCGUCAUUUUUAUUUUAUUGAAGGUGAGCCGCGCGAGUAUUAACAUUGGCUUGCUUCGCACAACGAAAAGCGUCAGAGAGUCAUGUUGAUUCCUCCUAAACUAGCAUCACAUAGCCUGUUGGCCGCCAAUUCCAGUCCGGGAUGAAGCGAGCUUUGGCCUUCUGCGCCGUCUGACUCCCACUUCACAUGUGCUGCAGUUGUCUUUGCUCCUACCCCAAUAGAGUAUUUGUAUUUAUUUUUUAAUUUAUUAUAAAUUCUUGGUACAGCUGCAUAGAGUGAAUGAGUUAGUGGACUAACACCUGCAUCAGAAUGACUGCCCUCAGCAUAUCAUCAGCACAUCCUUUGCUCAAGAUACACACAUGCACAGCGGGAGGGGCCUCCACCCCCACCCACACCCCGCCUGUACUGCCAGUUAGUCUGUGGUCAGCAGGUUGUAAUAAAGCGGCAUUUUCAUUCAUACACACACACACACACACACAUACAUACAGGGCAGUUCUGCUUUUUGGCUGCAGUAUUCUGGUGCUUUCGCCUCCCUCUUUCUGAACGGUACAGGGUGCUUUUUGUUUUGUGCCACACAUACAGUAACUCUGAGCCCUGCCGGCUUUUGUGUUCUUAUCCCUUGUUAUCUGCACAUAGUGAAUGUGUUGUGGGUAAAUAUGGUGAUCUAAAAGGGUGGCUCAAAAGCUGUGAUUCAGAGGGACGGACCCAAGAUAAGACGGAGAAUAUCUUUCACCCGUGAUGUGUAUUGUCAAAUGACGAUCAUACAUCAUCUUUAAAGGCAUAAUCCAAGUGACCCAAAUGUCAGUGAAUUAGUUGUCCGACUUAUUAGUUGUCCGAAAAUAAAACUAAGAAACAGAACCCUUUAUCAGGACUGACGCAAUGAAAUACAACAUAUCUGCUUGAUUUUGCUCUGUGUUCUGCUGCUGUAAAAGCCUCCUUUGCUGUUUUAAUGCCAUAAGCGUUACAGAUGGAAAAAUGAGCUUCUCCACACCAAGUUAAUGUCUAACACAAAUAUCUUUGUGAAUAUAUUUAAUUAAAUAUAAAUAUGUAUUGCUUGUGCUUUUAAAAACAAACAAAAAAAAAGACAUUAGUCUCUAAUGCCAAACGAGGUUAUGGAUGGAUUUGUACUCAACACAUGGAUGGUUUAAAAAAGGUGACGGUGCAUUUCGUCUUCUCUGACAGGAGAGCUUUGUUACUCUGAUAGGCUGAAAGUUGUCCUCUCUGUUGAAUGUUGAAUGUCUGCCUCCAAUGCCGCAGGUGUGACCUGUUGCGGUUGGGUCAGAGCGGGCAGCAAGGUGAACAAGUUUGUCUCUUUUUGUCUGUGUUAGUGUAUUAGUCCAGUCGUCUGACAUAAAUGCAGCAGUAUGCCCCCCCCACACACACACACACACCACCACCACCACCGUGAAUGAAAGAAGAAGAAACAUAUUGUCCACGUUAGCCUUAUUUGAACAAGAACUGCCACAAAUACAAAAAGAAAAAAACAGUACUGUGUUGAUUGGAAAAAAUCACAACCUCAGUCUGUAGUAUAUUGAUAAUGUACUCAUUGAUCAAAACGUGAUUGCCUGGCCUGUUAGGUUGUGGCUUUAUGUUGAGGAGAAUAAGCAACUUUAGGGCCUUCUUCAGUGUGUUGCGUGAUGUAUUUUGCACCGUUGUGAUUCUUAGCUCUUGGUUUCUGAAGAGGCCGCGACUGUUUCACUGAACCAUUAUCCCCAAAAUGUUACUAUAUGAAGUAUACAUCGGAGAGUAUGAAGGUUAUAUAGCUCAGUGCUGAUGAGUCUUAAAGCUUUGUUCCUGCUAACGGUGUUGUCUCAGAAUGUAAGGUUCUCGAGGGAAAGCGAAGGACUUUAGAUUUAAUGUGAAAGCAUGCUAUUUUGCAUACAGUGAAGUUGCCACUGAUAUCACCAUGGUUAAAUGUAUGUAGAUCGUAGACUCUGUAGUGUAUUUAUACAUAAGGUGCACAAAAAAAAUGCUCCUUCAUACAAACUAAAUGGCAGCUGAACACUUCCUGCCAUUUGGCCAUCUUAAGUGUUGUGUUUGAUUGUAAGCACUUGUAGCCUUUCCACCUGACUUUCCCCUUUUCCUUCCUGUGUGCCGUCCCAGUCGCGCUAAAAACAAAAGUGCCAACCCAAAUCGAACUGUUGUGAAUAUCAGCCAGUAUGAAAGAAGGCUCUGGAUUUUAAAAAGGAAGGAUGUAGGCGAGAGUCUCUGUCAGACUGUGGGCAAAAAUAAAAAAAAAAAAAAAAGAAGAACGGAAAACUGAGCCAGUCAUGAAUAUAGUAAUAAAUGGCUUCCCGCUACUGAAAUCACUAUUGACGUUAGUGCUGCUUCCGAGGUAACUCCAUUAUAAAUAGACCGGACACAGAUGUAGUACGACAGUCGGGAACACCAGCUUCACCUCAGAAAUUUCCGAGUAGGAGCGUCUGAAUGGUUGCGUCAGAAAGCCAUUUUUAUGAUUGUCCCCUCAGGGCACGAUGUUCGGUGGCAGACAGUUUUCUGGUAGAAUAAGACUGUUUUAUUUAAAAAAAACAAAAAAAACAAACAAACAAAAAAAUAA